AUGACACUGACCUCGGCCUCUCUGCUGCUCCUGCUGCUGGUCAGCAGCCUCUGUCCCGUCCAGGGAGUCCUGGAGGCCUACAACACAAAACUGAAAUGUAGAUGCAGCCAGGAGACCUCGGCUUUCGUCAGCCCACGCUUCAUUGAUCAGCUUCAAAUCUUUCCCCGGGGGAACGGAUGCCCCAAGACAGAAAUCAUACUGUGGAUGAAGAAUAAGUCAAUUAAAUGUGUGAACCCGCAAGCCAGAUGGAUUCAGAAAAUAAUGGACAUUUUACAGAAGAAAAAAAGUGUUUCAUCUUCACCAGUCAGUGAUUAG